AUGCUCGACAUCUUGGCUACCACCUCAAUCGCAUUCCCCUCUCUCCCAACCGUUCAUAUCCUCUCGUCGAUCCUCAGCCCAUCUCACGCAUCCUCAUCACAUUCGCCUCUCCUCAACGCAUCGCCCCUGCUCAUCCUCGGUGCGCUCGCUACUCUCUUUGGCGCUGUCCUCCGCCUCGCAUGCUUUCGCGCGCUCGGUCCCCUCUUCACCUUCGAGCUCGCCAUCACACCGAGCCACUCGCUCGUCACGACUGGCCCAUACGCAUGGGUGCGGCAUCCGAGCUACACCGGGAUCUACUUGACCCUGCUCGGCGCGAGCGCGGUCGGGCUCGCGCCCGGCGCCUGGCUCCGCGAGUGCGCGCUGCGCCUCGGGACCGGCCUGGGCGUCGGGGCGGCGCUGGCGUGGCUCGUGCUCGCGUUCUGGGCUGGGAAGGUCGCGUAUGCGCUGCAGUGCACGAACAAGCGGCUCAGGACGGAGGACACGGAGCUGCGCAGGGCGUUCGGCGAGGUGUGGGACGAGUAUGCGGAGCGGACGCGGUGGCGGCUGCUCCCGGGCGUGUUCUGA